CAGAUCGUCAUCUUUGUCAUAGGACUAGUUUGUACAGUUAAAAGCUUAGGAGUGGGCCCAGCUGGAUCUGGAGGUUAUGGGGGAAGUAUGGGAGGCUAUGGCGGAAGUAUGGGUGGCUAUGGAGGAGGUAUGGGUGGUUAUGGAGGAGGUAUGAGCGGAAUGGGAGGAUACGGAGGAGCUAUGUCUAAGCCUAAACCAUACAGUUUCAACUACCUAGCCAAUGGCAUGGGUGCAAACAGCUUCAGAACUGAAGAGGGAGAUUCUAGAGGAAAUGUACAAGGAUCUUAUGGCUAUACUGAUGCUCAAGGAUUGUACAGACAAGUGCAGUACACAGCCGGUGCAGCUGGAUUCUAAGCUACAGUGAAGACCAAUGAACCAGGUACAGACAGUAAACCAGAAAGUCCUGCCGAUGUGAACAUGAUAGCCGAACCAGCACCUGCAGGAAUACAAGAAAAAUACACAAGACGAGCUGGAUCUGGAGGUUAUGGAGGAAAUGUUGGUGGAAUGAGAAUGCAAGGUAGAAUGGAUGGUUUAGGAGGUGGAAUGGGAAACUAUGGUGGAAUCGGAGGAGGUAUGGGUGGAUACGGUGGCAUGGGAGGACUUGGUGGUGGAUCAUCCAGCCCAUUUUCAGGAAUCAGUCGCAGUGGAUCUGGAAAAAGUAUUCACUGAUGUAAAAUGUCUGACAAUUUAACAAAUUAUAUUUGUUUGCGAUGUUCUUAUUUAUAAUUUUCGCAUAUUUUUUUCUUAAUCAAUUUUCUUGAAGUUAAUUAACAUAAGUUAAUGAUAUUAAUAAUUACGGAAUGCAAAACUAAUUUGAAAGAAAAUGGUGAAAUAUCAUAAUACAAUUAUUGAAAUUUUUAACAUAAAAAUUUUUUUUUUGAACAUGGUGACUAGUUUUCUUCUUUUUUUAUGUUUUACUUGGUUUGAAGAAGAUAGUUUAACAUAAGUUAAUUGUUUAACAUAAGUUUAUGACAUCAAUAAUUAUUAAAUGAAAAACUAAUUUGAAGGAAAGUACAGAAAUAUCAUAAUAUAUACAGAAAUUUAUAAAUUUAAAAAAUUGUUUUUGACCAUGGUGGCCAGUUUUCAUCCUUUUCUAUGUUUCACUUGGUUUUAAAAAAAAAUUUCAAUUCUUUGCAAAACUUUCAUAUUUUAUAUUAAAUGAAUUUAAAUUUUGAGAUAAGUAUUAUUUUCUCAUUUUAAUUGCCAAUUUCUGCUUAAUGUGGUUUGUCUAUAUUACUUGCUGUUUGUGUAUUAAACAUUGUAAAUUUUGUUGAUUUUAAAUGUCGGCUUUUAUGUUUGGUCUGUGGUGUGGUGUGAACAUAAUGUCGUGUUGCA